UUACCGUACGACUCAAAGCGAAGUUUGCCGCUUGCAAAGGAAACAGCUCAAAUAAGUCGUUAUCGGCUGGGAAUAUAUAGCUUUUAGCGGACAAACAACUUAUUUACAGACACCGGUCGGGGUUUGGAAGCACGCUCUGGAGAAUUUAACGAUGGGGUACCUUCUUAUACUAUUUUUCCUCAGCAACGCAUUUAUUUCUGUGUGUCGUGCUUGCUCGUGUUUGCCGAGUCAUCCUCAAAAUGAAUAUUGCAACUCUGCUUUCGUUAUUCGAGCCAAAGUCCUUUCCGAGUCCACAGAGCAACCUCUUCAGACAGAACCACCAGAGACAGCCAUUGAGGAGGACAUCCCAGCAGAAUUCAUCCAAGAACAAGUGUACACUUUGAGGAUACUCAAGAUAUACAAAGGAGCUCGAGAAAUCAAUAAAACAGAGGGUGUGGAAGUGUACGGCUCACGGCGUCGAACUCUGCGUGCAAAGCUGUACACGCCGGCACGCGCGUCGUCGUGCCACGUGCCAUUGCGCAACCGCACCGUGUACCUUUUGACGGGGCAGAUACUCCACAAUAGGCUGCGGACUGGAGGUUGCAAAUGGAGGACGGAGUGGUCGCUAAUAACGCGCAAACAAAGAGCUGGAAUCAGACGCUUUUAUGGAGAGAACUGCAUGUGUCAAGUGGGGAUGUGUUUCGGUAGCAACUGCGAUAAAAUGCUCAGUGGCUGUGAAAAAGUCGAAUGGAAGGCACCAAUGAAAGAACAUUGUAAAAGUAAACACUCCUACUGCAUGAGGGACUGGAGCGGUGACGCAUGCGCCUGGCGGGUAUCGGAUGAGUAUAAAAGAUGCCUAAAGAAAAUACCAUGAUGCAUUGCAACCUGAGGACAAAUGUUCGUCAACUGGAAAAGGAAACUCAAACUAAUCAUAUUGCUUCAGUGUCUUCAAUAAGAGCAAUGGUUUCAGUUAACAUAAUUUACUGUUAAGCGUUCAGUUGACUUCCACAUCCCUGUCAUGCGUCGAGCAUUGCAAGUAGCACUUUGUCUGUACAUAAAAUUGUGUAUUUUUAAAUGGUUCACUUUGUAUUCGCGUAUGAAACGCAUAUGCCAAGACCAUCGUCUGGGUCUGGGGCGAAUCGCGAAGGUGAUUUCGCUGUUAAUUUACGUUAACAUAUCUCUUCAGCACAAAGAAAGUUCAGAAACUGCUCAAAAAUAGUACUUUGCUUCCAGUUGGUCAUCGUUGUCCAAAAUUCGAUCCGUCGUAUCUCCUACUCGUUAGGUAAUAAAACCAGUGUUUGACAAAACAUCUUUUUCAUCGACGCGAUCCAGGAAAAUUGGGUUUAGCGCGUACAAGCACAACUAGAGGCAUGCAUUCAGAUAAUUGCGUAUUUCAAUUGAGUGUCGUGAACACAAAGAAAAAGAAAAAACAAGUAGCUACAAUGACCAAUCAGAUCAAAGGAAAUUUUUAUAGGAGCCGAUGAGAAAUCAAAGCAAAGUUUUCGGGACCAAUCACAAAGCGAAGAAAGCAAAACCACUUGCAAUCCCACACUGCCUUCGGCGCUCAAUUGAAAAUUGCAUUUUAUUCUUUGUUUACCGAAUACAUGUUAAGAAUGAGUUCAUUUAUGAACGCUUACUGUACGUCGUUUAAAAGACGAAUAAACGCUUUUGGUCAUGUAAAUUAGUCAAUAAAAAAGAUUUAGUAAAGUCCAACUGUA